CUAUCCUAUCCUAGUAUCAAUUUUGUGGUGCAAUUAUACCAAUUGUGCGGUCUCAGAACACACAGUUGUGAAUAAAUAUUCAUAUCGGUCAAAACUGUUAAUUGGCAUAUCACAGCACUUUUUAAGCAGGCAAGUCUACAACAGUAUUAAAAUGGAUUUAUCUAUCAGUGGUACUCAGCUCUAAACUUCUCAGAUAACUGAAUGUACUGGAAAACUGGAUUCGUUCGAAUGCGUGCCGUUGUCCUUUUCGAAAGGCAGUUUUUCGCUUUCUAGAGCGACUCUUCAAAGCCAAUUAUGGUUUUACCUGCUUUGUACUGCUCACCUUAUUACUGUCUGUUAAAUUACUCAUUCUUGGCUUGAUCCAACGGUUACGGGUAUGAUACUCUUAUCUCCCUGUUUCAUGUUUUUUUUUGGUUGAUCUUCUUUGUGGAACAAAACGGAACAGAAAUAUUCUAUUGAAAUUGCGACGGCAUAGUUGUUACUGUUUCAGCUAUUUAAAUCAUUACGUUCUUAGUGAAAUCAAAUGUGAUGAUCUUUUGCUGAACUAAUACUGUAAAGAAUAUUCAUGGUCAUUUUAUUGGAAAAAAAAUCAUGUCAAUAGCAUUUGAUACGUUGACCAUUCUACCGUAUUCUCAAACAUUGAAGUACAUGAUAAAAAAAGUGAAUUCUCGAGGUUGAAAGGUUAUCUAACAGAUAGGCUUCGAAUACGGAGUUAAGUUCAAAGCUCACAUUAAGUUACUUCUUAACCACGUUAAGUAAAUGAUACAUAACCCGUAUAUGGGUUCGAUUUAUUGGCUUUUUCUGCAAACAACAUUCAAAAUUAUCGGUCACAUGAUGCAAGUAUGAUGAAAAUACGUAAUUGCUAUUCAAAGACAAACCAAGUCAGCCGAAUUGAUGACAGAAAAUAUAUCUAGGUGCGGCGGGCAAAGAAUUUGGGUUCAAUCUGAGAAAAAUCCAGUGGAAACUAAACUGUUGAAUCUCGAACGUGGACGUUCUAAUUUGAAAAAGAUUUAUCAAAGUUUGGCUUGGUUGAUGUUCGCACAGCCGUCCACAAGCUGGGGAAGGAAGCGACAUCUUAUUAAAAAUGCCAGGAUAUCGUAUCUCGAGUGUGGACAAGAACUCCAUUGCAAUAAAGUACAUCUGCAACUCCUGUGACCUGCUGCUACGAGAGGCCAUGCAGACAAGCUGUGGGCAUUUCUACUGCCAGUCCUGUUUGCCAAGUCUUGUUAGGGAUCCGUUGUCUCUUGUGAUGGUUUGCUUAAAGGACCAGACGAGCCUUCACCAAAACGAGGUUUUCUUCGACAAAUUUAUGGGUCGUGAAAUACUCGCAAUUGUCGUUCAUUGUACAUUUAUGGAGGAUGGGUGUAUUUGGAAAGGAGAAGUGAGACAUUUAGAGAGCCAUACUAACAGCUGCGAGUUCCUAAGGAUACCCUGUGUACAUCCUGAGUGUGGCGUGCUGGUUAAAAAAUCAGAACUUACUUCACAUUUGGAAAACGAGUGCAAGUACCGAAUGGAGAAGUGUACAUUUUGUCAAAAGGCGAUAGUCGUAUUCAAGUUGAAGACGCACCUGGAAAACGAUUGCCCUGCGUACCCAAUUAUAUGUGAAAAGUGCAAUAAAGAUGGAAUACCAAGAGGAAAAUUGAGAGAUCACCAGGAUCCCCAUUUUGGGGACUGUGAAGCCGUGCAGGGACCAUGCCCCUUCUCACAAAUUGGCUGCCCUCAAAAGGAGGCUCUCAGCCGAAGAGAAAAGAAGCAGCAUUUGGAGAAGGCCUCCGUCCAACACAGUAUUUUGCUGAUCCAGUUUGCAAUUCGAAUGAACACAGACUUGGAGACCAUUCUGACCCGUGACCCAAGGAUCGUAUCUAGAAAUCCUCAACUACUGCCAAACUACGAAAGCUUGAUUCAAGAUUUACAGAGUCAAAUGCGAAUUCGAGCAGACGAACUCAGGAGCCUGCAAGGAAAAGUGCAAGAAAAUAGUGGCCGCAUAACUACUCUGGAGAGACACUUGGCAUCGGGGAAUGUCUCUGGAACAUUGUCAUCGGAACAACGAGAUCCAAAUGAUGGUAGCGUACCUAGUACUGACAACGCCAGAAGAUUGACAAACCUUGAAAACAGGACCGCUGACCACGAGGUUCUUCUGGUAGAGAACAAUCGCUCUAUGGAAGAGGUUAGACGUGACAUGGGUAAUAUGAAAAGGCAACUUGACACCACCCAGGAGAGUUCCAGAAGGCAUGACCGAAGGAUUGAAUCUAUUGAGCACACACUGGCACUUAGAAAUGUAACCCUCGCUGAUUUGGAAGAAUACGUAAGACAGCAAGAAUUCUCAAGCUACGAUGGACAGCUGUUGUGGAGGAUUUCAGAUUAUGCUCGUAAACGAAACGACGCAGUGACUGGACAGCAAGUCUCCUUCUACAGCCCUUGUUUCUUCACCAGUCGCUAUGGCUACAAAAUGUGCGCCCGCAUCUAUUUGAAUGGCGAUGGAAUGGGCAGAGGAACGCACAUCUCGAUCUUCUUUGUGGUCAUGCGCGGUCAGUAUGACGCGCUGCUCCGCUGGCCAUUCAGACAGAAGGUCACAUUCAUGUUGCUGGAUCAGGAUAACGUGGAACACGUAAUCGACGCCUUCAGGCCUGAUCCCAACAGCUCAUCAUUCCAGCGACCAAGAAGGGAAACAAACAUCGCCAGUGGAUGUCCUAUGUUUUGUUCCCUUGCCGAGCUGAAUAAUCAUGCUUAUGUGCGCGAUGACACAAUGUUUCUGAAGGUCAUUGUAGAUACAUCUGAUUUGUAGCGUUAGCGUAUUAUUGCCGUGGUGGGCAAUUGAACGGUCGGUCUUCGAACUCAAUCGAGCUCCAUCAACGGAUUGAAUUCGAUUGAGUUCCAUUGAGUUCGAAAACUAGGCAAACUCGAACAAUAUCUUUUCUUUGAGUUUAAUAUCCAAACAAUCGAACAAGUCGAACUGAUCCAAUAAAAUCGAACUCAUUCUACCGGAUUGGGUUCAAUCCAAUUGAUAAAUCUAACGAAAUUGAACAAAAAUGUUCUGGGAGUUCGCUUUUCGUAAUUAUUGAGCACAGAGAAAGGUGCAGUUAAAAGUUAAGGCGGUUUUUCCACAAAUAUGAAUAACUCUGUUCAUGUCUUCCACUCAGUGGAAAAGCCAAAAAAUAUGAACAAUAACUAGCCCUAUACUUGUAAAGGUUUCUCUUAAUUUGCAAACACAUCCUAAUAUUCUUCUCAGGUCUUAUAGCUUUUCUGAAUUGUUUGUCUAUUUACAAGUCCAAGCGCUUUCUUGUUAACCUUUCACAGUGCAUUUAAAGUCGUUCACGUGCGUUCUGCAGCAAAAUACUGCCGGUAAAAUUGUAUCCAAAACAGAUUUGCGCCAACUGGGGCACGUCGCAAGCUUCUAAAAUAAAAGAACACUCUGCAAGAGUCGAAGUUAACAUUUUAAUGUCAUUAGUCAAAAGUUCGGAGUUCUAACUAUCAAUUGCAUUAGACUCUACCAAUUCUUCGGACUAAUGCUUGUCCCUGAGAAACCGAUCUAUAUGAUUAGACAUCGAUCCCAUUUAUUUUGGUGUGUUCAGGAGUGCGCAAUGAAUGAACUCAAUUCGUGGAUUGAGUUUGAUGAAAUUCGAUUAGGUUCUAUCGAAACAUUGUUCGAUUUUGUUCAGUUGCCCACCUAGGUUAUCUCGCGAGAAGGGAACACCAACUGAGAGAAGCCAUACUCCCUUUCAGGAUACGAUAGACAAUCAAGAGCCAAUUUUUUACUCUUCUUUUUUCAUGUCAAACCAAAGAUUUCACUUUUAACUUCAGUUUCCGAGAAAAUUUGAAACAUGCGCGAGAAAAAAACUCAUUUUCAAACUAAAUUCUUGAGCCUACCAAAAUGUGAAUGGCCAAUUUUAUCAUGUCAACAUAACAUAAAUGACUCUCGAAGUGUUUUUGCAGAAAGCAUCCUAGUUCUUGAAUUCAGGCGCGUAUACAACUUCUGAUUUCAGCUGCUCGUGGUGAUCUUUCUAUCUGUCUGCGUACAAAACUUGACUACGAAUGGGAAAAUGUUGAAAGGAGAAGGGUCCAUUGGUGAAAGAAAAAAAGAAGCCUGGCUGUAAGCACAAGAAAUUAAAGAAACUCAAAUCUUCUCUGCUAACACCAAGACCAACAACCAUAACGAAUUCUGCUGCGGCUUGCUUAACUGGCCUCUAAGUUAAUAAAAGGCUUAAAUUACUGGCCGGUCAGUUGAAGUAAGAUCUGUUACGGGAAAAAAAUUUUUUUGGCUGAGAGUGUUUUCAGACUCCGUAGGACGCCUUUUUAAUGGAUAGUCGGUUACCAGAAGGUGUCAAAUGUUGGCAAAACUUUGGACGCAAAAAAAAACCUACUAUGUCUUUACACAAAAGCGUCUUCUUUGAACGAAUUAAUAAGGAACGAAAAAUUUACUUAUCGCCUUGAAAUUUGGGCCGAAGAAUCCCAAGAUACCAACUUAAAAACAGUUUUAGGAAAUUUUGUUUUUCGAAACUGAUCUUCUGUAAUGGCCUCCAACGUAACGCUUAUCGGUAAAAUUUUAAAAAGUAGAGUUGUCAGGAGAAUUGCAAAGCAAUCAGUAAGAAUAUCGGAAUAUCUGCAUGCAACUUUGAAGACAAAUCCUUCGAAAUUGAAAUUGUGCAGAAGUUUUACUCCUGUGGUCAGAUUUAAUACCGAUUUUUUUCGCUCAAACAAUCAUCGUCCGUUUCGAAUUGUCGCUCCUUAGUUGGUUUACGAUUAAAUUAAAAAAAGAAAAAAAAGGAACAGGUUUGCCGCAUAGCACAUUUCUUAACCUUUCAAUUGAUUUGUAGUUAGUUAAUGGUGAUUACACUUCAAAUUGCGCGUUAAAAUUUUUUUCGCAAAGGACACCCGCGAAGUAGUACAGUAUCCUUAAAGACAUGGCGGAUGGCUUCACAUAGUCGAUAUUCUCUUGUCGGCGAAUUCCAGCUUGCUCUCUCGAGUUUCAUUUUAUGAUUAAUCUAAUUAACCUUAUUGAUUUAAGAUUUUUAUAUUUUAGAUCACUUUUUGAAUUACGAAAUGGUAAAGUUCCGAUUAACCUAACAAGGGUGACCCUGUUCAAACCGUGUGUUUCUAUCGGUGACCCGGUUAUUUGAAGGGUGGAUCACGUUAUCCACUGGCAAAAUUUCUCUCCCAUGGAUAGCGCAGUAUGCUUUGUUAACAUAUAUAUCAAGUUAUCCAUUGGAUAGCGUUAUCCGUUCUUUGAAAAACUGGGCCCAGAUGUGCCAAUUGUGCGAUCUGUAAGAAUUUCUGUCAAAAUAUUUCCUUAGUUAUCUACACAUUGAUAACAAAAAGUAAAAUUAAAUAACGGAAGUUGUAUAUUGGAAUAAACGUACCUUAUUAUCCAUCAAUUAUAUCUGCUCGCGCGCGGUUGAUGUAAACGCAACAACUGAGAAAUAUCCGAGGUUAUCACGUAGCUGGCAGCAAUAUGAAACGAAACCUGUGUUCUGAUCUAGCCCGCUUGCCAAAAAAAAGAACUCGGCCAAUAUCCAGCCAGCUUGACCGAACAAGCUUGGCAAAUAACGCAAAUAUAUAUUCCUCCAGUGAUAUUUCUCAAUUUUCAAACCAGCACGAUAACAGUCUUCUUUUCAAAUCUAAUUCAAAAUGAAAGAACAUUUUGCUGUCGUUGAAGGAGCAAAAAGAUAUUUGUUUGUUCAAAAAUAUCAAAUUGAAAAAAUUACCAAAAAACACCAAAAAGUUAACAUUGCAUUUAGUAAACGGUAUGCUGCUUGUAAACAUUUUGUACCGCGCGCUGCAAUAAAUAUUUGAAGGAUAGUAAACACAACAGCCUUUAUUUGGCGUAAGAAUGUGCACGGAGAUGAUCUGAGGUAUAUUGUUCCUUGGACAUUAUCUGUUUCUUGAAGCUAACAGUUUUCCUUAAGCUCCGCUUUCAGAAAACUACUCGCAUCUCGGAACAAAUUAUGCCUGUGGUAAAUAUCCCUGCAUUUUUUCAUGCCAAAUGGAGGCUCUUGUUGACAUAUUUUUACGUUAUAUAUGUAUAUGCACGUAGUUUUUGCCUCUGGGUGGUUCAUAUUUCAGUGUUCAACAAUAUUUUUGAGUUAUUUUUUGUGAACAUAAUUACCUCAAAACACAUUACCCUAUUUUGGUUAGAAUGUUGUUUAGGACUUUCGUUGAAAGUCGCUAUUUAAUCAAAUAUUUCAAUUAUGUUUAAAAGCGAUGGAGUUGAUGAGUGUAAUUUAACCCUUUUCUGAGUGAGUAAAAGUUCUUCUGGUAAAAAAGAUACAACGUAGUAAUUAAGGAGACAUUUUUUUAGUAGUAGGGGGGCUAUGACAUAUUAGGUUGGUUUUUUUUAUAAUUUCCUUAAAACAAAGAUAUCUAUUGCUGAUCCUUGCCGUAUUCAGGCACGCGUACCAUUUGAAAGAAAUCAUAUCAUUGUGUCUAACAAUCAAAGAGCUAGAAAGACAUGCUUUCGCAUUUCAAUAUAUUUAAAAACAUUUUUAAAAACGUUGCAAAUUUGAGUAUACCUUAUUAAAAAGAUGUGCCUUUUCUUUUCUCUUAAAAAGAGACACUUCUUGAUGAGAAAAGAAAAUGUUUGAAUAUCUAAUUUAAUAUUUUCGAAUUGCACAUAAGGGAGAGGGCCGGAUUUAACCUAUGCCACCAGUCUUACAACUACCCAAAUGAACAGGAAACCAGUAGACCGAAAAUUAUUUUUAAAAAAAGUUUAAAACCUCAUUUUAAAUGUAGAUUUCCUCAAAAGAUUUUGACAGUUUUUCCCUUUUUUCGCAAUUCUGUUAAUUUAAAUUUCUUAGAGCUCUUUAAAUUUCAGUUACCCAGAACCAAAGCAUUGCUGUAUGAAGUAAUAUAGAUGUACAGAUAAUUUAGGUAGAUGGAAAAUGCGUCAGGGAGAAAGGAGAAAUGUAGUAUCUUUUCAUCUAGGAUUGCAUUUGACCCAAGAGAAAAUAGCGGGAUUUAUUUUCUCUUGAUUAGAACGUAACAAUAGAGGCUUGUAAUUCAAUUCGAAAAAAAUUAAAAAAAAAAAAAAAAGGCUAAAAAGGAAAAAAAAAA